UAAUAUGAUCCAUCCAUAUACCUAGUUUUAGUUAUUAAGUUGCUACUCACAUAUUUGUUUACCUUUCCCAAUAGUUUUGUACUUUGAAAUCAUAAUUAGUUUCUUAAAUACUUUAUUUACACUUCCCAUCAAUAAUUGUAAACAUCCUCAUGUCUUAAUGUGUUAUUUGUCAUUAGUGUUAACUUAUCUCAAAUGGUCCUGAGACCAUAAUGUGUUUAUUAUUCUCAUGUUUAUCCUAAUAUCCUAAUGAGACUUGUCUCCCUUAUAAGCAGUACUACGUCCCGAAUUAAAUCAGUCUAGUUUGAACCGUCAAACUGUGUUUUACUCCACCCCACAUAACAAUUUUGGCGCAGUCGGUAGGAUACAUUAACCGCGUCACACCGCCGUUAAGCAGACGAGCUCAACGCCUGGGCUAAGGACAAAAUCGCCACCAGCCUAGACGGUGCCUACAGGGCUUCAAACAGCUCGCCGAACAACGCUCCGUGAUGCAAAUUUGGAUCCCGUUACUGUGGUAAGUGGCCAAACACGUUUGCUCUGUUCCCACAUCCUAUAUCUCCAGGCUACUAUAUAUAUCUUAAAUCCGAAAUCUCUUUAUCUUGUGACAUAUAUAUUUAAUCAAAAAUGUCCCCAAUCACUGAAACUAUGGCCGCGCAAGCAGCAAUUAAAGAUACAAUCAAACUAGAGACAACAUCACCCACUACAUCAAAUGAGGCCAAUUCGGAAACAAUACCUUUAAACACACUCCUCCGGUUAAUACCGGAUUUCGACACAGCACAACCCGCGCAAGUUUAUAGGUUCGUUCGCUCAUGCGACUCCGCUUUUGAAUUGGCAAACGCAUCUCAACAACCAGUGAUCCUCACAUAUACGUUAAAUAGAAUUUCUGGGCAGAAUUCGUCAGAUAUAUUUGCAAAAAGGUACCAAAGUUGGUCAGAGCUGAAAACAUUCCUAAUUCAAAAAUUCUCACAAACGAAAACGUUGACACAUCUUAACUUAGAGCUUCAAUCAUUAUUCCAAAAACCGAAUGAAUCGGUCACCGAUUACUUUCAUAGAGUUGACUUAUGCCGUAAUAAAAUCCUCGACAAAUUAACCGCCGAAGUUUCUGACGCAUCAUUGAUCGGCCGGAAGACCAGCACUGAGGAAACCGCCUUAAGCAUAUUUGUAAAUGGUGUGAGCUCUAAUCUGGGUUCGAUGCUGAGGACAAAAGGUUUCACCACCUUGUCCGAGGCUGGUACAUUCGCGAUUCAAGAAGAAAAGAUUCAAAACAUGAAUCACGCACGUCAGGUCCUAUUUAGAACCCCAGCUUAUAGUAGCACCAUUCGUAGGCCAACGCCACCGAUUAAUCAGACUCAAUCUUCACUUUCAACCGCACAACCAAACACAUUUAGGCCAACAAAAACGUGUAAUUAUUGCAAAAAACCCGGUCACCUGAUUUCUGAAUGCAGAAAGAGAGCUUACAAUAAUAAUAUAAAAAAUCAUAAUAUAGAACGCCCUACUAAUGCCCCUCUUCGCAUCAAUAAUUUAAACUUACAAGCGGCCGAGGAAACGGGCUUUCACUCGGGAACCGCUUCGAUAUAUUGCCCGAAUACCCCGAUGACUUCAUCAAGACAAAACACAGCCCCGGAACUUUACGAAACCAUGCAGAACCUACAACUACAAUAGAUAAAAAUACAUCUAGAUCUUCAAAAUUUCAGCAAUCUCCAAAUACUUUAAAUGCCGAAGUU